AUGAAUCCUACAACUCGGGCCUCAUGCCUUUAUUUUCUUUUAUUUCAUUUUAUUCUGAAUAAUUAUUCUCAUGCUGCACCUAACCUUGGACCCUUCAAAUCCGAUAUUUCCAUACCGGCUCUAUUUGUGUUUGGAGAUUCUUGGGUGGAUAGUGGAAACGGAAAAUAUCUCAACAAUUCAGAUCCAUCUUCUGCAUAUGGUGUGGAUUUUAAAGAAGGCCAACAGAGUAGAGCCUCUAAUGGAAAAACUAUGGCAGAUUUUAUUGCUCAAACUUUCGGAUUGCCAUUUCUUCCACCUUAUUUGAGUUUGAACAAAUCAGAGAGCAUUCAAUACGGGGCCAACUAUGCAUCUUCUGGCUGUGGCAUUCUUCCUGAAACAAACAAAUACGUAUAUGUACGUUGCAUGGAUUUGGAUGAACAAAUCAAAUUGUUUGAGAGUUCCUUGAAGAAUUUAAGAACUUCUAGCGACUUGUCAAAAUCUCUUAUGUUCGUCAAUAUGGGACAAAACGACUUGGACCUCAACCAAGACUUGAGAAAAAAUGAUUCUCUAGAUGCGGGAAAAUAUGUGGCCGAAUCAUUAUCUAAACGAUUGCAGAGACUCUAUGAUCUUGGAGGACGCAAAUUCUUAGUGAGCAAUUCCCUUCCUCUAGGAUGUAGACCAUGCUCGAUAAAGCAACAAAAUCCUAAGACACCUUGUGUAGAAGGAUUGAACAAGCUGGCGUCCCAAUAUAAUAGCAACCUUCCUCAGAUACUAAAAGACUUGGAAUCCACUCUUUCGGGUUCUAAAUUUGUUCUGUUAGAUGUCUACAAGGUUUUUGAAGAUGUCUUCGCAGCACCUGGCUCAUAUGAGCCUUUGUCCUCAAGGUCGAUUGGAGAAUCUUAUGUUCCAAUGCACAAGUAA